AUGUCAAGCACAAUUGAAAGAACCAAGGUUGACUCUGCAAAGAUAAUCACCCCUAAUGGCUUAACAUAUCAACAACCUGUCGGUUUGUUUAUCAACAAUGAGUUCGUGAAGGCUCAGAGCGGCAAAACUUUGAAAGUUGAGGACCCUUCGACCGAAGAAGUGGUUGUUGAAGUUGAGUCUGCAUCCUCUGAAGACGUUAACUACGCUGUGGACUGUGCUGAAGCCGCCUUUAACUCAAGCUGGUCAACUCGUGACCCAAGAGAGAGAGCUAGAUAUCUUUUCAAACUAGCCGAUUUAGUCGAGGAAAGAAAAGAAUUGAUUGCCUCUAUCGAGUCCAUGGACAAUGGUAAAGCAUUGGCUUUGGCUCGUGGUGAUGUCGAGUUGGUUAUCAACUAUAUCAGAGUUGCUGCCGGGUAUGCUGACAAGAUUGGUGGUAGAACCAUCAACACAGGCGAAAAUUACGUUAACUACACAUUGAGAGAACCAGUUGGUGUUUGUGGACAAAUCAUUCCAUGGAACUUCCCUCUCAUGAUGCUUUCCUGGAAGAUUGCACCUGCUUUGGCUGCUGGUAAUACUGUUGUUUUGAAGCCUGCUUCUCCAACUCCUUUGAACGCUCUAUACUUCGCUUCCCUAUGUAAGGAGGUCGGUAUUCCAGCUGGUGUUGUGAACAUUGUCCCUGGUCCUGGAAGAUCUGUUGGUGACACGAUUACGAACCACCCCAAGAUCAGAAAGGUUGCCUUCACUGGUUCCACCGAAAUUGGUAGAGACAUUGCUGUCAAAGCUGCGCAAUCCAACUUGAAGAAAGUUACCUUGGAAUUGGGUGGUAAAUCUGCACACAUGGUUUUCGAUGACGCUAACCUUGAAAAGACUUUGCCAAACUUGGUCAACGGUAUUUUCUUGAACGCUGGUCAAAUCUGCUCGUCUGGCUCUAGAAUUUAUGUCCAGGAAGGAAUUUAUGACAGACUGCUAACAAGUUUUAAGAAGUACAUUGAAGAAAACAUCAAGGUUGGAUCACCUUUUGAUGAGUCCAACUUCCAAGGUGCCAUCAACAACAAGUCUCAAUUUGACACUAUUAUGAACUAUAUUUCAAUUGGUCAAGAAGAGGGUGCUAAGGUACUAACUGGUGGUGUCAGAGUAGGUGACAAGGGUUUCUUUGUUAGACCCACCGUUUUCUACGAUGUCACCGAGGACAUGAGAAUUGUAAAGGAAGAGAUUUUCGGACCGGUCGUCACAAUUUCCAAGUUCAAAGAUAUUGAAGAUGGUGUGGCUAUGGCUAACGAUUCCGAGUUCGGAUUAGGUGCUGGUAUCGAGACGGAGAACAUUUCUACUGCUUUGAAGGUAUCAAAGAAGCUAAAGGCUGGUACCGUGUGGGUUAACACUUACAACGAUUUCGACGCGUCCGUUCCUUUCGGUGGCUGCAAGCAAUCUGGUUACGGCAGAGAAAUGGGUGAAGAAGUAUUCGAGGCCUACACAACAGUUAAGGCUGUCAGAAUAAAGCUUGACUAG